AUGUCGUGGAUUGUGGAAGAAAGUGAAAACGCAUCUGCUGUUCAUAUAAACGGUAAUACCAUCACAUGUACGAAGAAAGGUUCCUAUGAUAGUCCAAUCAAUGUUAUGUAUAAUGAUCCAGCUGAUCAUAACGGGCAAUAUGGGUGGGAACUGCAUUUUACUGAAUCAGCAACGGAAACUGGUAGUUCGGCAGUCGGCUUGACAACCAAACAAAGCUUUCAACCAGGACAUAUGUUGAAAGCCAUGGAAUAUUUAGGAAAUCUAUCGGAUGGGAGUGGUCUUCUAGUACAAUCUUUUGGUAAUCAAAUCAAGCAAGGUGAUAAAAUUCGCAUAUUAUUAGAACUAACCGAUGGGGACAUGAAAAUGUACUUAUUCCACAAUGAACGACCAUUGGGUCUGGCAUUUCAUGUACAUUCACCAUAUCCAAAACCAUUGUACCCGGUCGUGAGUUUCGGUUGCAAUGGGAAAGUGACAAUUACUCGUUCCGAUCAAAUACAUGGAUCAUUAGAACGCCUAUCAUCACAAUGUAAUAAUGUAGAAGGCAAAUGGAAGGUUAUUGAUUUUCCUCAACAUCCUGAAUGUAUCGAUUGUCAGUUCAAAAUACAACGCCAUGAACAUGGUGAAAAUAUGUACGUUCUUUUUACGAAUGUUGUUAACAUGUUACAUUGCAGCUUGGAACACAAUCCUACGACUAAUGAAUGGAAAUCUGCUGAUGUUAUAUCAACACUAAUGACUGGCCCAUUAGAAUUAAUAGAAGAAGAACAUGUGAUCAGAACUCUAUUAGCUGUUACUUCGUGUGAACAGAAACGUUGCUGUGUUUCUGAAAUGCCACCAACAAUAGGACAAUCAUGUUUGACACAAAAUAGUUCAACUCCUUUAUUCAAUACGUCCCGUGGAAGAUUCAUUCAGAAAGUUCUAAGUAGAGGAAUUUAUGAAGCUGGUAUUUGUUCUAAUUGUCAAGCAAAAGCGGCAUUUUUAGCAAUAGCAACAACUAUGACGGACAAUUUUGAAAAUGAUGAAGCAACGGGCAGUGAUGCACAAUUUUCUGGUGAUGAUAAUAAGUAUGGAAAUGUCGAGCCAGGCGAUGGAUCACGAUUUCGUCAACGGGGACUAUUCGGUCUUCGAGGAAGAAGGAUGUACCAACGAUUGCAAACAUUGUUGCCACAAUAUAGGACUUUAACAAAUCCUGAAUUGGCGGCAAUAACAGAAAAUGCAAUUAUCAUUGCUGCUCAACUUUGGAAGAAUCCAAACUUGUUAGACGAAGUACCGUUGACAAGUUAUGCUGAUGGUACAUUUUAUCGAUUUUCGAUAUUAUGGUUUAAAUUAACUGGAGGUAUUGAAAAGUUAGCUCUUGCCACCAUACAAUAUUCGAAAUUUUUGCGACAAUUGCAAUGCGGCGGUGAUUUGUAUCCGGGACAAGGUCUCAAUUGCACAUAUAAUGCAACGCAUCAAGGUAUUUGCUCAGCUGAUUGUAUUAAAGGUCUUGAAGAUUCUGGUGAAUAUUGUGGGUGCGUUGGUGGAGCAGGUCCACAGUGUCCAAACAGUCCUAUUCAUGUUCGAUGUUGCUUAGAUACGUGUUCACAAGAGCUGAAAAUGGACCUAGGAUUUGUUCUUGAUGCUAGUGGUAGUGUCGGUGCUAGUAAUUAUGAAUUACAACGAAUCUUCGUCAAAGAUUUACUUCGUCGAGUUAAUGUUGGCAGAAAUAAAACUCAUGUUGGUAUCAUAAAUUAUUCGACGGGAAAUGAAAUUUUGACAUGGCUCGAUCAAGAUUAUACUCUUCAACAAAAAAUUCAAGCAGUGAACAGAUCAGUUUACUUUGGAGAAGGUACAAACACGCAUCUUGCUCUUCGACAAGCGAAUACGGUUUUUUCAUCUAAUCGUGGUCUUCGAGAACCCGAAGAUGGUGCCACACAAGUCAUCUUUGUAGUAACUGACGGAGAAAGUGCUAAUCGAAAUCUUACUGUAGAAGCUGCUAAAAUUUUAAAAGACAAAGGUAUUCAUUUAGUCAGUGUUGGAGUCGGAGAUGAUUCGAAUCUUGAUCUCAUCGAAUUGCAUGCUAUUUGUACACCACCAGCAGUCGAGAAUUAUUUUGAAAUUUCAGAUUACCGUGCUCUUGAUCACAAAUUAAAUCAAUUUACAUCGAAAACGUGUUCAGAACCUGCUCCUCUUCCAACAAACAUUACGGUGACUGGUGAAGUCGGAAAAGAUAAAUACAAAUUUUUAAAAAUUACAAUUGAAAUAAUUGGUAACAAAAUUAAAAUUACUAUUACGUUGUUAAAUGGCAACGUAAAAGUAUUCUACUCGUUCAAUAAUCGAAAUCCAAAAGAUCCAGACGAUUUUAAUCAUUAUGAAACAAAGACAAGCAAUUUAUUUGGAAGAUUUUUCUCACAAUUCGAAUCAUAUUUAAAAGGCACACGAGCUUCCAAUAAUGAAAUGACAUUGAUCAUUAAUAAACCAGAUACAAAUCCGGAAUUUGUCUAUGUUGGUGUCAAAGGUGUGGAAGAUAAUAAUAAAUUCGAAGUGAAAUUCGACGAUUGUGAAUUUACAAUAUGCAAUACUUGCACAUUAUUGUCAACGAUGAACUUUCUCACCAUGAUCUUGUUAAUCAUGGCCGCUUUUCUAUUCUGCUAAAUAUUAUCCGCUAAAAAUGAACCAUUUAACUUGCUGAACUUUCUUGUUUGAAUACGUUUAGUUGUUCAAAAAUUAUCAUAAUCAAACACAGAAUAAAAUUGAACUUUAAUUAAAGAAGAAGUUUCUUUUUUUUUUCUAGGAUAGGUCUGGGGUGAGGUGUGGGUAUGAGAGUGUGAGUGUCAUGAGUGCGUGUGAUGGUGUGGGAUAGGGUAUAAGUAAAAGUUCCAAGUUUGAAUCGGUGCUUAUAUCCAACCAUACUCAUAUCUAUAUCCACACCCCACGGCGAUAAACGAAAAUGAUUUGAAAAGCAAAGUUGACAAUUUAUGAAGAGAAUAGACUUGUCUAUCAAUUAAGUAAGUUGUAACUAAUAUAACUGCUUCUAAUUUUCAGUAAUAGUAUAAAAAUCGAAGACAAAAAUGACUCAUCUUAUCUGACCUAUUCGUUACAUUUCGUUCGAAUUAAUUUAGAUAUCAUUUCUUGUUAUUUCCUUUUACGUAACUUCGUUUUGUUUAAACUAGGGUAUGCACUUUGAUGUGAAGUUUCUUGUUACUCAUAGCUACCCACCCACACUCUAAUUAAGAUUCUGGCGUAUUUUCAUCUUUUAUAGUAGUAUUAUUAAUAUACUCAGACUGAGUAUAAUAUUUUGUUCGAUGAUUGACACUGAGAGGAUUUUUAGUACAUUCUAUGAUCAUUUUUCCAUCGAUCAAAUUAUUUAAAGAAGCAAACUGUUCUUUUUUUUUAUGGAUUUCACCAUUAUGCAUUUCAUUAUGUUUUCUUUGAUGCCGUCUGAUCGAGUCUUUCUUGGUCGAUCGAGAUUUAUCUUGAUUUAAAUGAAGAACAUCAACUUGAGUUUGACGAGAUUGACUUUUUUUCUCUAUUUUGACGUUGUUUGUUGUCAGUUUUUAAUGGUAGAUAGGAUUUUGUUCAGAUUGACACAACACAGUAAGACAAAUAACGAAAAAAAAACCGGGUAAAAAUAUCAAAAUUUUAACAAAAAUAAAAUCAUGAAAAGUGCACACUUUUUUCGUAAUCAUAACGGAUCAGUUUCUGAACUAAUAUAUACUGGUUCAAAACUUUAACACUUUAUAAACGUGUAAAAAUGUGCGUUUUUUACGAUUUUGUUUUCGUUCGUGAGACUUAAUGCGUUUGAUUUCUGAAUUGAGUAAAUUGUUGAAGAGAAUAGCCCUAUCCAUAGACUUAGUUUGCUGAAAAAAUAGUUCAGAUA